UGUACUGAGUUCCGUAUCUUUCAUACGUAGUUAGCGAAAGGUCGUUAUAUGUGAUAUCGAAUCGAAGUUCAUAUGAACCAAUGACCCAAGGAUAUAGAAUCUUGCAGAUUUUAACUGAUGUUUUAUCGGCCCCUCUCCGAGUAACAAAGGGUCCAGUUCUGGAUGAUUCACAGCCAUAUCUAAUUUAGUUUUUGGCAGUAGCUGCAUCAAAGAUAAACACUAAAUUAAGAAGCAAUGGCAGCAACUCGAUCGAGUGGUGAGAAGAUUUGACCAUCAAUUUGAAGUCUCCCCCCAUGCCAAUUUCCCUGAAAAAUGGACCAACCCAGCAAGCAAACCAUGCAAGAGAAGAUGGGUCGUUGAUGGGGGGUUUCACUGAUACACCCAAAGCUGCUCCAGCUGUACCCUACUCGUAAGGUCCCUUUCAAUCUUAUUCACCAUAUGGGCGGGUAAUGGGCCAGUGUUUCUAUCUCGAUCCUUAACGUUUGCAGAACUAAUGAGAUGAGAAGGUGGAUGCAACCCGGAGGCUUAUUAUUAAACCAAACAUAAGACAUUGAAUAAGUUUUGGUGUUUUCAAAUCCUAGAGACUAGUAGAGACACAGCAAUAAAUCCGGCCUUGCCUCCUCCUUAGCAUCAGUAUAUAUAUACUUGGUUCCCUCCUUGCAAAUGGCCUAUCUAAACAGGAAGCUAUACUACAAAGGAAAAGAAUGUAGCUUUCAGGUGCAUGCUGGCUGCUCAGAAUAAAAUGAAAAAGAUGCAUGCAGGCUGGCUGGCUUAGCCAGGACGAUGUCCGCUCCCUUGAUCCUGAAAGCAGGAAUGAGCUUGGUCACUCACAUAUAGUUGAGGAGAUAGUUGUGUGUUCCCUAAAGCAUUCAAGAACUACCUUAGAUAUAUCUCAGCUAAAGAGGAAGAAGAAGAAGAUAAUAUGAAAAUAAAAUGCGACGUAUGCGAGAAAUUGGAGGCAGAGGUGCUAUGUUGUGCGGAUGAAGCGGUACUAUGCAGGGGAUGCGACGAGAAGGUGCAUGCAGCUAACAAGCUGUCACAAAAGCAUGAGCGUGUCCGUCUUGUCAAACACCCAUUGUCGUCUUCAUCAUCCUCCUCUUCGCAUCCCCAGCUCCCUCCAUGUGAUGUCUGCCAGGAAAGAAAUGGGUAUUUCUUCUGCUUAGAGGAUAGAGUACUACUCUGCAAGCACUGCGACGUCACAACCCAUACGGGAACUCCCUACGCAUCACCCCACCAAAGAUUUCUUAUUGCAGGCCUUAAAGUCGCCCUUCAACCUUCAAUCAACCACCACAACAUGAUUGGCUUCAACAGUGGAAAUUCAAGCUCGCCAAUGUCGAAUAGUUCUUUCAGUUUCCCUGCUGACAAUGAGAGCAGGGCUGCAAUGACAUUGGAAGUUGAGGCUGCAUCCGCAGAGACUAGAGCCACCUUCUCAGAUGAACAUCACUUCGCAACCGGGCUUCGUUGGUCAUUGGAUGAGAUAUUUGACUUGAAGGAUUUUAACUACUAUGAGUUUUCUGAAGUUGGGUCAUCAAGUACGCCAAAUUGUACUAAAGACUAAAAUGGUUCAAAACUUCUCGGAAUUUCUCACUUCUUUUGCUUGUAUGAUUGUGCACAAUCAUGUUGAGUAAUGCAGAUUGGUUUAAGUUGUAUAACAGUAUGGCGUGUUUGUUCACUGACCACUGACCUGGCUUGCAUCAAGCCGUGUGUAUCAAUCUUCUUUUUGCCUACUUUCGCUAUAUAGGAGCUUAGUUGACCACCAAAAGUUUCUUAGCUUCCUCAAAUAGUCACGGUCACACUGCAUACUGUUAUACUGUAUACUGUUGGGUUGAGCCUGGUCAGAUGGGUGAGUUUGGAUG